GCUUGUUGUACCUUGGAGUGCGUCAUGCCUCGGAUCGUCCCACGAUUGAGUUGAUGCUGCAGAAGCAUAUGAUCGCUGCCAGAUACAUAGACAUACAUACAUACAUACAUACAUACAUACAUACAUACAUACAUCCUAGACGAUCGAUCGACUUGGGAUUGAUUUAAUUGUUUAAUUAGUCAGGGCGUAGAACGUGAGCUAUUUGUUUCCGUUUCUUCUUGUUCUUGGUUGCGAUACCUUCAAUCCCAUUUUUAAGCUUCGACAUCGUACAAGCUAUCCCGCCUAGCCUAUCUAGCUAGCUUUAUAUACACAAGCUCCUCUUGGACUUUUUUUUUAUUUUUUAUUCUUUAGUCCUAGACACAGCCCUCUAAGACAAUCAAACGCUAUGGCGGCCCCGGCAUCCAAGACAAUUGGCGAUCUGAACGGGAAGUGGGUUCUGAACAAAACCCUCUCCGACUCCGUCGACCCCGCCCUCUCCCUCCAAGGCGUAAGCUGGCUCGUGCGCAAAGCCAUCGGCGCCGCCACCGUAACCCUCGAGACGAAGCAGUACCAAGGCCCCGCGACGCCCCCCAACACCAGCGCCGAGCUCGUCACCCGCAUCGACAUCCAGCAGGUCGCGACCGCCGGCGUCAAGGGCACCGCCGAGAACCGGUGUCUGGACAACGAGUUCCGCGAGCACAGCGACUGGCUGUUCGGCCGCGUGCGCGGGCGCACCCGCUGGGUCGGCCCCGAGGACCUGGCCGCGCACGUGGGGCCCGACGGCGAGGCGCGCAGGACCGGCGUCGUGCAGGAUGAUUUCGCGGCGAGGGAUUGGCUCGAGGGCGAGGGCGAGAAGGGCGGGCCGCUGGGCGAGACGCACAUGUUGAAUCAUGUCGAGAGUCUGGAUGCGGGGUGGACGGCGCUGCAGGUCUGGGGGUUCCAGAACGUGGGUGGCGAGAGGAGGUAUGUGCGGAAUGUGGUCGUGGCGAAGAACGGCACGUUUGUCAACUUUAAGAUGGUGUACGACUGGGUUCCCGAGUAGUGUGUUGCAUCCUGGAGUUCCUCGGGUGUGAGGCGUUCUCCAUCUAGCCGUGAGCUGGGGCGAGCUACUUGAGCGAGUGCUAUUUAAAGGGGUAA